GACUUGAGAAGUCAGGUCAGUCAUUUGCAGAGUUCAAAAUGGCGGAUGUUUCUGUUCCUACACCACCACCACCACCACCACCACCACCGCCGCCUCUAGGGAAUGCUGUGGAUCAACCAAGUUUACUCGGUGAUUCAAUAUUACCAGCUAAUCAAAGUGGCACAUCUUUGUUAUCUUUGGCUCCAUCAGAAAGUAGCACGACCAGUAGUACGACCAGUGAAGAUGGCCCAGGGAAGAGAGCUGCCUCUAUCGACGAGAUACGGGGCAAUGCUAGGAAGUGGUCUCUUGCAGGGGAUGCAGGGAUCCUUUUAUACUUCAAACAGUUUUCCCAGAACAUGUUGCGCAGAACUCAUGAGCUUGAAAAAGUGGUUGACAGUCUUUCUUUUGAAACAAAGGGACUUGACUCCAAAGUUCACAACACAUUUAAUGAUUUUUUGAUGUUGUCAAAUAGGCAGUUUAUAGAAAAUAGAGUUUAUGAUGAGGAAAUAUCUCAGGAUGAAGCAGUUGAGAAAGAGCCCCAGCAACCUCAGAGUAAAAGUAGAGAGCAACUUGAAGCAGAAAUCCUCCCCAGAUUUAGCCAGGCAGUAAAUCUUGGAUUCCAAGUUUUGGACGAUGCCUUCAUUACUGUAGAACUGAAGCCAACAGAAGAGUCAGAUGAGGAAGACGAGGAAAGUUUACCAGCAGGAUAUGUCCCUGAUCCAAUCAUUGAACCCAAGGACAUGUAUGCGUCUCGUCCCCUUCCACAUCUAAUUGGAACUGCUGAAUUCUUUAGUGAUGAAACUUUAGGACUUAUCGAAAUUGAUGACGAAGAGGAAGAAAAGAAGAAUGACGAAGAUGAUGAUGAUGUGUCAGAAUCAGAAAGUGAAUCUGAAGAAGAGGAAUCUGACUACACAGAAUCUUCCGAUGAAGAAGAAGUGAAGAAACAGCCAAGGAAGCAGCAGGUUUCAGAUGAUUCAGAGAGCGAAGAGGAUUCUGAAGACUCAGAUGGGGAUUUAUUCGGGGAUUCGAAAAAGAAAACUGCUGAUAUUGAAGAUGAUGAAUCGGAAAGCGAAGACAACGAAGAAGCAUCACAGGCAAAACCAAAGAUAAAUUUCCAAGCGGAGUUGGCUUCGAAGAUUGGAGUUCAGAGUCAAGCGUCAACGGCCAGCGUAGCAGAGGACAAAGACGAUAAAGCAGAUGCCCAGUCCAUAUCAUCAAGGAAGUCAGUUGGGGAUGCGCAACCAACAGUGAACGCUGAAGAAACAGGCAAGUCAAGAUCAGGCUCGCACUCAAAAAGAGAAGGGAAGCACAGAUCGAGUUCACAUCGAAAGCAAAAGGGAAGUGUUCGCGAAGCAGCAAAACAGCAAAAGCAUCACCAUAAGGCGCAAGAGGAAGAAUCAGACGAUGAUCUAUUUGGUGAAUCGAAAAACAAGUUUGAGGAUGACAGCCCAUUUGGGAAGAAGAGCGGUAUGUUUAGUGGCGGUGGAACUCUUUUUGAUAGUGAGCCAGGAAACGAUCUUUUUGGAGACAUCGAAAAUGGUGACAAACCAUCUUCUCCCAUAGAAGAGAGCCCAGAACCACAAACUCCAACUGAAAUUAAGCCAAGGACCAAAACAACAAGCAGUGGAAAGAAGAUUCCAGCUGGAGCUGUCUCUCUUUUUGGAGAUACUGACCUUUUUGGAGGCGGUAGCGAUAAGAAAACGAAAGAAGUUUCGACCGAGAAAGAAACUUCAAAAGGAGAGGAAGUACAUGCUAAAAAGCCCCCACCUGUCGUCAAGGGACUUUUCGGUGAAGACGAAGAAGAUGCCCUUUUUGACACAGCACCAAAGAAAGAUACCCUAAAAGAGCCGCCUAAGCAAAAAAGGAAGAAAACGCUGGAAUUAUUUGACGAAAAUGAGGAUCCUAUGCUCGGAGCUACAAAAAGCGAGGCUGUCGCAUCAGGACAGCCUUCUAUCAAAAUUGAUGCAAAUGGGCAGAAAUCUCUCGAAGAUUCAAACAAAUCCGAAGGCCUGUUUGGAGCCGUUGAAGCAAAAGAAUCAGGAGAAAAACCCAAAUUGGAAGUGAAAAAGAUCACAUCAAAGCCGAAAGCCAUCAGUUUAUUUGAUGACGAUGAAGAAGAAGAACACGACUGGUUUGAUAACAUCAACCCAAGCAAGAAUAAAACGCCUAGCAGCAGGCCAAAGGAAGCCGAAAGUAGCGCAAAGCAAACGAACUCGCUGUUUGAAGAUUCAAAGAUAUCUGAAAUAAAAGCAACACCUGGAAAGAAUGAAGAGGCAAAGAAGAAAUCCAAGGCCAAAGUUGCUAGCCUGUUUGAUGAGGAUGAAGAUGAUGGUUUGUUUGCCACGAGUUCGCCAGCCAGCAGCCUAUCUAAACCGAAGGUGGAGAAGAAGGACCCUGAGAAAAAAGAUGCCAAGAAACAGAAUGAAAGCUCUAAGCCUUCAGAUAAGAAAUCCUCCAAGGGCGAUGACUCUUUGAAUGUAAAAUCGGAGCGGAAAAAACAUAAGCCGAGGUCUUUUCUUGGGGAUGAUGAAAGCGGCUUGUUUGGGGACGACAAGGAUGACUUGUUUACAACCCCCAAGGAAAAGGUAUCAGAGAAGGCUGAAAAACAGAGCAGCAAACCUAAAAAAGCAGCCAUUUUACUCGAUGACGAUGAAGAAGACGAUCUCUUUGACGCUGUAAAAUCGCCCAAGACAAAGCAUGGGUCGGAAGCCAGUAAAAAGCAAAAUACAGUACCAAUAGUUUCGAAGAGUGAGGUGAAAGUCUCCGAGGAUAAGAAAAAGAAAGCAGACUCAGGCGUAAAGGGAAUUUUCGGUGAUGAUGGGGAAGAAGAGGAAGAUUUGUUCUCUGCGAAAGCAGAAGUUGUAGAUGAGAAAUUAGAUGCCGGCUUGCCAAAAGAGGCAGAAAGCACGGGAAAGGAAAAUAAAGUUGAUGAAGAGCCCGCCCCCAAACCCAAGAAGCUGGCAGGGGCUGUUUCAUUGUUUGGCGGGAUUGACCCAUUUGCUGCCAAGAAAAAUCUAAGAUCGUCGAGCAAAGAACAAGCUCCACCGCUGACUCCAGGAGAGUCCAAAGAUGAUGAUCUAUUUUCAGAAGAUUUAUCAAAAAAGGCUUCGAAACCCGCCGUGACAGACGCAGCUGCGAAAACACCUGUUCUCGUACAAUCAUCGAAGGAAACCGAACAACAAGCCAGAAAGCCAGUCGACACAGAUGCCUUGCCAAAACAGGAAAAGAAGGAAGAACCAGUUGUAAAAGAUAAGCCAAAGAUCGUUUUCAAUCCUGCUACAAUGGUUCCCGGGGCUGCUCCUCCACCGCGCAAUGAAGAACCAACUGCAGCCUCAUUUGAAGACCCACCAAGCACACAGAUAUUAACAAAUCCUACCAAGUCAAAAUCAAAGUUGCGAUUGCAGGAUCGUGCCAGGAUACAAAAGAAACGUCGACCCCCUACGAGGCAAAUGCGGCAAAACUCCGCCAAUGCUCCAAACGAACAGAAGACAGUACCAGAAACUGCUGUUGAAAAAACUAGCAACAGCAAACCUAAAAUGACUGAUAAUUUUGAUAAAACUGAAGAAGACAUGAAUAGCAGGAUUACACCAGUGCCUGAAGUAGUUGUUAAUAAAGAAUCCAGAACAAAAGCUAUAAAGGCUGAAGACAUAUUUGCAGAUGAAGUUGACAAUCUUUUCGGCACAAGUGCAACCCCAGUAGCAAAAACGAUGAGUGCUAAAGCAAAACAAGAGAAAGCGAAAUCUGAAAAGAAGCAACUGGAUGCGAAAAGCGAUGAAUUAUUUGCCAGCGAUAUCUCUUCCAAAACUGAAACUGAUAAUACCGAAGAGCAAAAAGAGAAUAAAACGAAACCUGUAAAUAAAGAUGUAAAUUUGUUUUUUGAUGAUUCAAAUACUAGCGACGAAAUAUUCAGCGUGGUAAAAAGUAACACUUUUGUUGAAGAUGAAUCAAAUAUCAGAAACAAGGAAAUUACCAACCAAGAGGCUAGUAAGGCACCUGGAAAUGGAUCAACCUCAGUAGAAAAUACCAUAAGUAGUUCCGCCAAGUCGACAGAAAAUGCAAACGUUUUUUCGGAUGAAGAUGAUUUGUUUGGAUCGUCUACAAAAACUAACAAAGAAAAGAGUAGGGAAAAAGAUGAUAGCAAACCGGCUAGCAGUAAAUCGAAGGAUAGUAAAAAAGGCAAUGAGGAUACUGAUAGAUCCAAAAAGAAGAAAGAAAAAUCAAGCAUAUUUAACGAGGGGAACGAUGAUGAUUUGUUCAGUGGCAACACACCCAAAAAGGAAAACAAGGCUGAUAGCAGUAAAAAGACGAGUAAAGCUUCAAGAACUGUCACUGACGAUGAACUAUUUGGUGACAGUGGAUCGAUAUUUGAUGUUCCAUCAAAGGCAAAGGAAAAGAAGAAAAAGAAAGCAGAUGGUGGAAGCGAAGAUAUUUUUGCUACCGGGGGUGAGAAGAAGACCAAACCGAAGAAGAAAGCGGAAAAAACAACGAAGGCGAAGGCAACAAAACCACCAACAAGUGUGUCGAGUAAUACUGACAAAAACAUCUUCGAUGAUCCGUUAAAUGCAUUGGGAGGAGAAUAAAUUCAAAGAUAAUUAAACGAUGUAAUUAUGCAGCAUAUAAUUAUAUACGUGAUUUAAACUGAUAGUGAUGAUAAUUUCAGUAUAAUUUCAAGCAGGAUUCUUUUGCAAUGCAGCUGCGGAAAUUAUUAGGAUUAUGAGGUAGACGGUAAUAUCUGGAAAAAGCCAUGUGGUGUAUUGCGACCGUUCCGUACGGAAAUUCGUUAAACCGCAUGUAUAUUGGAUUUUAUGUUCCCUCGAAAAAAUAUACCCAAUGUAAGUUGUUAUAAUUUUCAAUUAUCGAUAUGCAAUACAGGGUGUAGCCAAUAGGGUGUUAGCCAAUGGGGUGUUAGCCAAUAGGGUGUUAGCCAAUGGGGUGUUAGCCAAUGAGGUGAUGGCCAUGGGAGUGGUAGCCAAGAGAACAGCCUAGGGGAUGGUAUUGCUCUCAACUCUAAAAUUAUUUGGCUGCCUGCUGCUGGCUCAACUACUGGCUCUGCCGUCAAUAGUGGGGCUUUAGCUCGUCGACCCUCUCAAAAAACCAGAAGUGAUCAUGUAAAAUGUUAUAUAAAUGAGUUACGCGUGAAUAAAGUCGAGAGACAAACUCUCAGAAAUCAACAUCAAGCGCAAACAGUUUUUUUCAAUCUAAUUUAUUCGUGAACGGUUACAUCAAUAGUUUUUCGUAUAAGUACAUACUCUAUCUCCAACUAAACAUUCGUUUAUGGGAAUAUUUGUUUGCUAUUUCCACACCGUCAUAUCAGAUUUGUCUUCUUACGUUGUCAUCUCCACUCUUUUUCUUCAUAAGAACAAUUUUAUAAGAACAGGAGCCUCAAAAUUGGUCAAAAGUUAAGAACAAAUUAAGAACAAGCUGAGGCUGAGCUUCUGCAAAAUGCAAUUUUGAACAACGUUUUUUCUCAAAAUCGAGAAUUUUUAGUGAUGUGUGGGUGCUUUUCGGUGAAUAUUAAAAUUUGUCAGCAAAUUAAGGCUGUCUCACUCAUUUUGUUGGCAAAUGAGGCCUGUACACCACCCUAGAGCUAAAAAGCUAGCACUCGCACUGCUUACACCCUAUUAGGUUAAGAACAAUCGACCCUCAGAUUUUCGAAAAAAUUAAAAACAGUCAGCCUGAACUUAAAUUUACUGGUUCUUAUAAAAAAAGAGUGUUAUCCUCCAUCGUAAGUCAAUUAUCCCAUUUCCUGUCUUACUGUUCUUAUCCUGUUUCAUGGAACAUUUUUGAUGGCACAAUUUCACUAAAUGUUCCCAUCUUUUUUUCUCAAACAGUAACUGACUGACCGAAGAGCCAAUUAAUCCUGUCAAAUAUCAAUGACAGUGCAAAAAACCGUAUUUCCUUAGAUAAAAUUGUUACAUUUCAAUAACCUAACACCUAUUUCCUACCUGUAUCGUUGUUGUGUUCCCUGUCCUCCUAUUCUUUCUUUAUGUAUUUCUACACCUUUUUACUUGUAAAUGACGCUUAGCAUCUGAUUCAAUCAAUUUAUUCAAGACACCUUUCUAAAAGAACAUAAGCUUCCACUCCCCCCCUCCCAUUAACCAUCCUGCCAUCUGAAUUAUCUUGGUUAAGGCUAUGUUUAUUUGUUUGCAAAAGUCUUAAUUUGAUCCUUUUAUAUUUUCACUUUAUUGCUUCUUACAUAGCCCUUGCGUUCCAUUUACGUUCUCGCUUUCUUUGCAUUCUUCGCUAAGCUCCGUGUAAUUUUCUAUGCGCGCUUUAUUUCGUCGCGCUAUAUCCUCUGUAUUUCCCUUUCCAAUUGCAUUAUUCCCCUCCAUGCACUCCAUGUAUCAUAUAUGCUUCCUUACGCUCUAUUUACUUCGUCUAUUUCCUCUUGAUAUUUGCUAUUUGAUAUCACUUUUUGCUAGACAACUACCCCUUGAAAAAUGAAGCUCUUUCCUAUCCAAACUUUGCUUAUCGUGUUACUGAUUUCUUUUAUGAACCUCACGCCUGCCUGUUACACUGACUUAUUUUCCCACAACUCCAAUCUGGUUUCUGUGAAUUUUUUUGGAAUAAUUUGUUUAGGAAAUACAGCGCAGUUAUGUAUUGAGUAACCCCACUGAAACGUCCUUUUUUACUAGGCCAUAAUUAAUACAUGCAAUUUAAUUCUAGCCAUGCCAGGAAAUGCUUUAUCAUUAGCCGUUAUUUACUGUUCAUCUAAGACAUUUAAAGCCGAAAACCCACUCCGGAAAAUGAUCCGCGGAUCGGAUCAGAUUUUAUGUUGCGCACGCGCUUUGGACUGAUCCGCGACGGAUCGAAAAAAAAGUUGAAAUCGUUUCAACUUUUUUUUGGACCGUUUCGGUACAGUGAUUUUCUUUUGAUCAAAACCGAAUUAGAACUUUUUAAACGAUAGAGCACUUGCAUUAUGGACUCCAUUCCGCGGAUCGAACGGAACUGAUCAGAACAACACGAUCUGGUCCGAUCCGCGGAUCGUUUUCCAGAGUGGGUUUUCGGCUUAAUACACGCAGUGAGAAUUAGAAAAACUUUGGUAUCAUACGUAAUUAGUAUGUCAAACUGCUACCCUUUAGAGUUGUAAUCAGAACAUUGAGAAAAUUUAGUUUAUAAUCAGAUAUUGUAAAUUUGAAAUUUAAUUGCAUUUUCAAAGUUGAGUUUUUCCAAAAGAUGUAGACACAGAA